AUGACCAAAUUUCGAACAACGAAACUCCGAUCUCACGGAUCCACCACGAUCCCGCUCUUCUGGUUUAUUCAUGCCGACAAAGAGCAAAGAGAAAGCACUGAGUCGGCGCUCAAUAAAGUUGUCGACCAAGUUGGGGAAGAAAAUCCAGAAUUGAAGAAAAAACAGGUUGUCGGUGUACCCUGGCUGCGGAACUAUACUGGAUCUCUAGCCGACGUUUUUGACACAGCUCGCGGCUUCGACAUGGGCGAAGGCCACCUCCUUGGCAUUGACACGCAAAGUCUUGAAGAUGGGAGCUUGUUAGUAUUGCAUUGUGUUAAUGAGAAAGAGCCGGAACUUGGCCGUGCGGCUCGCCGGGACGCAAUCGAAGUUCUCCUAAAGGAUCAUCUUUACAAGUACACGAUUGCAGAAGCAUUCAAUGAGCGUCCGUGGACCAGGAUUCCCUUCCCAAUGCAAGAGCCGGAGCCAGCGGUCGAAGGUGAUACCGCUGAAUAUAUUCUGCCAUCACAUAUCCCGAGCGAUACGAAACUACAGGAGGACAAGAUCAUGCUGUUCUCAUUGAUCCAAUUGACGGACGAGGAGAUUAUCAUCCUUAGGCAGGAUAUGGGAGAUACCACCGACGAAAUCACCAUUUAUAACUGGCCUCGCGAGACCCCUGCAUCGCAAGCUGAGACGUACAACAUAUUCCAGUGUGUAAAGCCCGAGGACCCAAUCACCCGUGGUCAGACGUUCGUCAUGUUCAUUGACGCUACGCACUUAUCAGGACCACAGCGUGCACCUGUUGUGGUCGUGGCCUGCGAAUCUGCAUCUGAGGGUGUCAAUGAUGGGACUCGGGAAUCCAGUCUGGAGCUGAUGCGCUACAAGCACAUCUAUCUACAUGCUGAGGAAGCAGAGCAAGUGAGAGCGCUCUGGCCGCUGAUUUGGAACCCACCAAAGUGCGGUGGUGUCAAUGAUGUUGUAGUAAACUACCCUUUGUUCUACGGUAGCAAACAUCACUUCAACAAAAUUACACCUGCUCCCGUCAUCAAUUGGAACAGCCCUGUUAUGCGUUAUCGCAGCAGCUUCAUCGCAAAGCCAGGGGUUGCAAUUUGCGCAACCGGUGCGCUGUCCCCCGAAUAUUUGGUCUAUAUCCUCUGCCCCGUAGCCCCGGAAGAGCUUCGCGCAUUGCAAGAUAUAUUGGUUACAGAGAGUGGGAAUGUCCUACAGUUUCUAGAGCUCAACAUCCUCCCCCGAGAAGCGAGAAUCGAGCAAGAAGAAGACACAAGCGACGACCCUUCCACACUCUCCAGCAAGCGCCUAGACCCCCUCCUCGAAUUCUUCGACACACCAGCCUACCACGCCAUCGCCGACCCUCCCGACACCUUCGUCUUCCUCGACAACGCCGCCCUCGAUGACCUCCUCUCCGGCACCAGCGCCAAUCCCUCCGUCCCGCUCGCAACUAUCCACCACUACUUCCAUGGGGACGAGAUGGUCGCAUUAGAGAAACCAGCGUAUGAAUUUGCAAAUAUUCAAAUUAAUGAUGGCCUGCAGUCGACGCUGGCGAAUUUGAGUACCGGCAAUAUGUGGUUCUGGGAACUGGCUGGGUGCUACAGUGAUGACAUGGAUGUGGCAUUCUGGCCCGAGUAUAGAGGCAGCAUGACGAGGGAAAUGCUGGAAAUUGAGUGGGAAUGGUCUUGA